UUUUAAUUUAAAAGAUUAUUUACAAGUUUUUUUUAAAAAGCAAUAUAAUAAUUUAAAAGAUGUUUCACACAAGUUCACAGCGAAAGCACUGGAUUUUUGAAAGCAUUGAUAAAAUCAAUUCUAACCGUGCUGCAUCAAACAAUAACUUUAUAGAAAUGCAUCGAAAACUGAAGCCUAAUGCUAAGAUUGAAUAUUUAAAUCCUAAUGAAGAAAAACUAUUGUUAACUUAUUAUACACAAUUUGUUUUUAAUAUUUGUCGAAGGUUUAAACCACCUGUACCUUUAUCAUUAAUUGGUACAUCAUUAUCUUAUUUCAAACGGUUUUAUUUAUAUACUUCUGUUAUGGAAUUUCAUCCUAAAGAUAUUGCUUAUCUGUGUGUUUACUUAGCAUGUAAAAUUGAUGAGUAUAAUGUAUCAAUUGACCAAUUUAUGGAGCAAGCUGUUGUCAAGCGUUCUUUAAACAUGCAGAAAUUUCUUAUUGAUAAUGAACUUGUUUUACUUCAAAAGCUAAACUACCACUUAACAGUUCAUAGCCCCUAUCGUCCGCUUGAAGGUUUUUUAAUUGACGUUAAAACAAAGAAAAGUAUACCUGAUAUUGAAAAACAUCGAACAAAUAUAGAGCAAUUUUUGACUAGUAGUUUGCUUACCGAUGUAAUUUUGCUUUUUACUCCUAGUCAACUUGCUUUAGCUGCAAUUGAAAAUGGCGUUGGACGAGAACAAUUAAUUGGUUAUUUGCAAUUAACAUUAGAUACAGACUCCAUUGAGAAAGUUUUAUGUAAGCUGAAAAGAAUACAAGAAAUUGUCUGCAGCAUUAAAGUCGCAGAUCAAACAGAAAUCUUUGCAAUCGAAGAUAAACUGAAAUUGUGUAAAGAUUAUGAGAAUGAUCCAUUUUCUGAUCUUUAUCAUCAACGCGAAAUAAGUAGACAAGAAGCUAAAGAAAUGCAAAAAAGGAAAAAAUUUCAGGAGUUAUAUGACAUUAAACAUGCUGAAGAGAAAAUGCUGGCUGAAUCGCUUGAUUAAUGUUAGAUAAAAUUAUUUGUUACUAGUUUUUGCAACUUUUAUAAAUUUCCAAGUUAAUAAACUAAUUGUACUUU